AUGACUACAGCGCACCGUCCCACAUUCGAUCCGGCCCAAGGCAAAGAGGCCCUUCGUGGUCCAGCUUACCAUCAACGACUCCUGCCUGCUUAUAUGCACCUGAAAACUCGUCAACCAGGUCAAGGCGGCGCGGCCGAUCAACCACGCGAUCUACGAGCAGAAUUGUUAGCCGCCGAAGCUGCGCAUUUCGCAAAGACUAAGGGUGUUACAAAUGAAUCGCCUGCCGAACCAGUUCCGAAACUCAAGCGGGAUCUUGAGGAGGAUAGAGAAGCCAAUCUUGAUGCAGAGGAUAUAGAGGCCAAAAGGCGGAGGAUACUUGAGGAAACAAGGGAUAUAGACGCGGAUUCGGUGGGGUCAGAUUCGGACAGUAGUGAAGAAGAAAGUGACGACGAAGAAGAUGAAGCCGCAGAACUCAUGCGCGAACUCGAAAAGAUCAAACAAGAGCGACAAGCACAAAAAGAAAAAGAGGAACGCGAAAGAGAAGCCCAAGAACAAGAGCAGCGAGAGUACGAUAUUGCGCGCGGCAAUCCAUUACUGAAUCCGCAGGACUUUAAUAUCAAGCGUCGCUGGGACGAUGAUGUUGUCUUCAAGAAUCAAGCGCGUGGUAGUGAAGUCAAGAAAGGGCCGGAGUUUGUUAACGAUCUGCUACGAUCGGACUUUCAUAAACGAUUUAUGUCGUCAACAAUGGACUCCCAAGCUACCAGCAAAACUCUACACAAUCGCAUCAACACCGAUAUAACGCAGUUACUACAACGAUUUGAGAAUAUACUCGCGCCUUCGAGGGUCGAAAAUUCAGAAAAUGCCAACACAGCCGUUGGUGUUUAUAAUCUAAACGUUGAAACGACUGCUCUCAUCCGCGCCGCUGAAGACCUCCUCUCGCUCACGCGCUACAUGAAGGAAGCAUGGCUCUUUGAAAAACUCAAUACAGUCGGCGAAGAUGAACAUGAUAAGCGACGGAAUCAGAAGUUGGAGGAAGAUGUAGCAGGUGUCAGGGAGGCGGUUCAAAGGGGACUUCUUGGGGAUAAUGAUACCAAUGGGGAGGGGAAGUGA